CUGUGGUACUUGUAUGAUAUGAUGGCCAAGUAUUAAGGAUUCUCUUAAAAAUAUGGCUUUGGGGGAUUGUAUUAUGUGAAUUUUCAACACAACAAUAAAAUGAUGUUCUCUAUGUGGGUUUUAUCAGGAAGCACAAGUGGGUCAACUUGGGGUAUCUCAUCAAUAUUUGGUGGCAAUGAUAACCGCUCAACCGUGAAAGAGGUCUUGACAAACAAACCAUAUACAGAACCUGCUCAAAACAUCAAACAUGCCUUCUCCAUGAUCCAUUUGAGGGAGGUGCGUACGGAUCAAUUCAUCAAGGAACUUGUGUUAGAUUAAAAAAAUGUGUUUAUUGUGACAAGUUUUUUUAUUUUUUUCAGCCCCCCACUCUGUUGACUCCUUCAGAAUAUUCAGAAACUGAAGCUAUUGAAAUUGCUAUCACCAAAUUGCUCUUAAGAUCAUAUUAUGACAUUGUUAGGAAGAAUAUAGAGGAAUCUGUGCCUAAAGCAAUUAUGCACUUCUUGGUAAAUCAUUUGAAACGUGAGCUUCACAAUAUUUUUAUCAGAAGGCUUUACAGAGAAAACCUGUUUGAAGAGAUGUUACAGGAACCUGAUGAGAUUGCUUCUAAGAGGAAUCGUACUCGAGAAACACUCCGAGUUCUCCAACAGGCAUUCAGGACAUCGGACGAAUUGCCUUUGGAAGCUGAAACAGUUGAGAGGGGAUACAGUUUGGGCUCCGAUCAACAGGCCUGCCAAAGAUUCAUGGAUUGCCGAACAUCAUCAAUGUAUUCCUCAAGUAGUGGUUCAAACGAUUCCUAUGCAGCUUCCCCUAAAAUCACAAAAUCUCGUGUCUCGUCUCACUCGGGGGAGCUACAACUACACUUGUUUAGUGGUACCGCAGAUUCAACCGGAAACGGACGCGGUUACAUGCCAGACCUCUACCCUACAGUUGAUCUGUAA